AUGCAAGAUAAGUUCCCGGACUUGAGUUUAGACCACAGCAAUUGCACUGAAAUGAGUUGGAUCCAGUCUGUGAUGUACUUUGCUGGCUUCCCAAUAAGCGAAUAUUUGGAAGUUUUGCUGAAAAGGACUCAGCCAUCUAGGAGCUUCUUCAAAGCAAAAUCGGACAAUGUGACGCAACCCAUUUCACAAGCUGGCUUGGAAGGUUUGUGGCAAAGACUACUUGAAGUAGAGACAUCCCAGUUGACAUUGACACCUUACGGUGGAAGAAUGAGUGAGAUAUCUUAUUCAGAAACUCCUUUCCCACAUAGAAAUGGAAGUAUAUUUGCAAUCCAGUAUUUGGUCACUUGGGAUGAUGACAAGGAAACUGAGAAACAUAUUAGCUGGAUGAGAAGGGUGUAUGCCUACAUGGCAUCACAUGUUUCAAAGUCCCCAAGAGCUGCCUAUUUGAACUAUAGGGAUCUAGACUUGGGGAGGAACCAUGAUGCUAAUACAAGCUAUGCACAAGCAAGCAUUUGGGGUUUGAAGUAUUUCAAGAGUAACUUUAGGAGACUUGUUCAUGUAAAGACCUUAGUUGGUCCUGGUAACUUCUUUAGAAAUGAACAAAGCAUCCCUGUUUUACCAUAUGGGCAGAAAUAG